AUGCUAAUAGAAAAUGCAUUAGUUGCUGGAAUCUAUUUCGUUGUGCUGUUUAAAAUCAUUAUAGUAAAUAAAAAUAAUGUAGCAAACAUUCUCGAAGUUGUGAAGAAGCUUGACGAAUAUUUUCCUCAUUCUGGAGUUGAUCAGCUCAACUUCAAUGUUCACAAAUAUUUAAAUACCGCGAAAUGGGUUGAAAAGUUAUUUUACAGUAUGAUUGCUUUCAUCGUCUCACAUCUAAGCAUGAUUCCUUAUCUGCAUCAACUUUACGGCUAUGUAAAGUCAGAAAGUGUAGAUUGGGAACUUAUAUUAAAUUUAAAUUUGUCAUUUGAUCUUCUGCAACCAUUUGUGUAUGAAAUGAUGUGCUUGUCAGAAAUCCUGAUGAUGAUUGCUGCGGCAAUUUAUAUCGUUAGCACUGAUUUAUUAUUUGCCAAUCUAGUCCAUGUCCUAGCAAUGGAAUUUGACAUUUUGAGUGUAAAAAUCAGCGAGAUCGGGAUAAUUGAAAAUGAAAAAGAAGCAAUUAAAGAGCUAAAGAAUCUUAUUGACAUUCAUCAAGAUCUGAUUGAGACUUCGCAAAAAUUGAAUGAUAUUUAUUCUCUAUUGCAACUCAUCAAUGCAUUUGGCACAAUUGUUGCCUUUUGCACAGGAAGUUUUCUUGCUGUGCAAUCUAAUUUAUUGUACAAUAAACGUACAUUAUUACGGGGUGCGUUAGGACUAGGUGCGUUAGGACUAGGUGCGUUAGGACUAGGUGCGAUAGGACUAGGUGCGUUAGGACUAGGUGCGUUAGGAGUAGGUGCGUUAAGACUAGGUGCGAUAGGACUAGGUGCGAUAGGACUAGGUGCGAUAGGACUAGGUGCGAUAGGACUAGGUGCGAUAGGACUAGGUGCGAUAGGACUAGGUGCGAUAGGACUAGGUGCGAUAGGACUAGGUGCGAUAGGACUAGGUGCGAUAGGACUAGGUGCGAUAGGACUAGGUGCGAUAGGACUAGGUGCGAUAGGACUAGGUGCGAUAGGACUAAGAAGGACAAAAGAUCUCUAUUUAGGUGAUUUGUGUGAAGUUAGACAUCAUGGAUUGAUUAGUAGAAUUGAUAAGAAAUUAAAGCUAUUUAAGGAAUUGAACUAA